GAGCUCUCACUCUUUUUUCCCCCUUCCCCAGCUGUAGUACAGGCUUUUCGUCAGUGUGCAUCACAGCGACCCGGGCGCAGGCACGGCAACUUCACAUCGCCGCCGCGUUUCAAUAAUAAGACGCGAAACGGACAGCGCAACGUGAAGCGUUCAGUCCCCAUCCACACUGACGCGGGACUCCAGCCCGGUUGUUGCGGCAUCAGCGGUAGGAGGAGAUACAGAAGGGGAUACAGGGACUCCUGCAGGCUGAUUUCAGCAGCUCAGCACUCGCAGGUGGAGACGCGCACCGAUCCGGAGCUUCGUCUGAGACCCGAGCGCGCGCGCUCACUUACUUACUUACUUCCUCACUCACUCACUCAAAUUAAUAAAUCAAAUAAUUAAUACGGCGAGCUGGUGUUCAAACCAACUACAAUGAGAGCAAAUCUGUCGCAGUCAGUCCAAUCCUCAUAUGACUCCCAGCCAUUUAAAAUUUGAUGAGCAGUUUCUUUUCUUUUUUUGGAGAGCUCCUUGGAUUGAUCCCAGUCUUUUCCAGUCAUGAAGAACAGGAGGGAAUAUGUGGAAUACCGGAGCGCGAUUAUAGUGGUUCUGUUCUGGAUUCAGAGCUCUUUCGGGAUGCCCCAUGUCAUACGGAUAGGGGGGAUUUUCGAGCAGACGGAUGGACCUGUGGCUCUUGUUAGUUCUGAGGAACUGGCCUUUAAGUUUGCUGUUAACAACAUCAACAGAAACAGGACGUUAUUACCCAACACAACGCUAACGUACGACAUUCAGAGGAUUAAUAUCUACGACAGCUUUGAGGCCUCCAGAAAAGCGUGCGACCAGCUGUCUUUAGGUGUAGUGGCAAUAUUUGGACCGUCUCACAGCUCCUCAUCCAACGCCGUACAGUCCAUCUGCAAUGCCCUGGAGGUGCCACACAUUCAAGUGCGGUGGAAACACCACCCGAUGGACAACAGGGACACGUUUUACGCCAACCUGUACCCGGAUUACUCCUCCCUCAGCUACGCAAUCUUAGACCUGGUGCAGUUCCUCAAGUGGAAGACGGCCACCGUGGUUUACGACGACAGCACAGGUUUAAUCAGACUCCAGGAGUUAAUUAUGGCUCCGUCCAGGUAUAACAUUAGGCUGAAGAUCCGACAGCUCCCUAUGGACACCGUGGACACCAGGCCUCUGCUCAAAGAGAUGAAACGGAGCCGAGAGUUUCGCAUUAUCUUCGACUGCAGCCACACCAUGGCCGCGCAGAUCCUAAAGCAAGCGCAGAUGAUGGGGAUGAUGACCGAGUACUAUCACUACAUCUUCACCACUCUGGAUCUCAUGGCCAUAAACCUGGAGCCGUACCGCUUCUGUGGCGUCAAUAUGACCGGCUUUCGCAUCCUAAACGUGGACAAUCCUCAGGUCGCCUCCAUUGUGGAGAAGUGGUCCCUCGAGAGGCAGAUCCCGCCAAAACCAGACUCCGGUCUCCUAGAAGGGAUCAUGACGACAGAUGCUGCUCUGACGUACGACGCGGUCCACAUCGUGUCGGUCUCUUACCAGCACGCGCCACAGAUGACUGUCAACUCACUGCAGUGUCAUCGCCACAAACCCUGGAGGUUCGGAGGCCGCUUCAUGAGUUUCAUUAAAGAGUCUCACUGGGAUGGCCUGACGGGGCGGCUGUGCUUCAACAGAACCACAGGUCUGCGCACAGACUUUGAUCUUGACAUUGUGAGUCUUAAGGAGGACGGCCUUCAAAAGGUGGGCAAGUGGAGUGCAUCCGGAGGGCUCAACAUCACAGAGGUUCCACGGCAGAACGGCAUGAACAUCACAGAUUCGCUCUCCAACCGCUCGCUGGUCAUCACCACCAUACUGGAGGAGCCAUACGUCAUGCUUAAGAAGUCUGACAAGGCACUCGUCGGCAAUGACCGCUUUGAGGGCUUCUGCAUAGACCUGCUUAAGGAGUUGGCCAGCAUUCUAGGUUUCUCCUACGAAAUCCACCUGGUGCCAGACGGAAAGUAUGGCUUUCAAGAUGACAAGGGCCAGUGGAACGGGAUGAUAAGAGAACUCAUGGAACACAGAGCUGACCUUGCUGUGGCUCCUCUCACAAUCACCUUCAUGCGAGAGAAAGCCAUUGACUUCUCCAAACCUUUCUUGAACACCGGCAUCAGUAUCCUGUACCGGAAACCCAACAGCACCAACUCCGGCUUCUUCUCGUUCCUGAACCCCAUGACUCCUGAUAUCUGGGUCUACAUCCUGUUGGCCUACCUGGGCGUCAGCUGUGUGCUCUUCGUCAUCGCCAGGUUCAGUCCUUACGAGUGGUACGAUGCCCAUCCGUGCAACCCAGGCUCCGACGUGGUAGAAAACAACUUCACCCUCCUCAACAGCUUCUGGUUCGGCGUCGGCUCCCUCAUGCAGCAAGGAUCCGAACUGAUGCCUAAAGCUCUCUCGACCCGAAUCAUCGGAGGAAUCUGGUGGUUCUUCACCCUCAUCAUCAUCUCCUCCUACACAGCCAACCUGGCAGCCUUCCUCACCGUGGAGAGGAUGGAUUCGCCCGUGGACUCGGCCGAUGACCUGGCCAAACAGACCAAAAUAGAGUACGGCGUAGUCAAAGACGGAGCAACCAUGUCCUUCUUUAAGAAAUCCCGAGUGUCUACGUUUGAGAAGAUGUGGGCUUUUAUGAGCAGCAGACAGAGCACAUCGUUUGUCAAGUCCAUUGAAGACGGGAUUCAGAGAGUGUUGAAAUCAGACUACGCCCUGCUAAUGGAAUCAACAACCAUCGAGUAUGUGACGCGCAGGAAUUGCAAUCUCACGCAGGUCGGCGGCAUCAUCGAUAGUAAAGGUUAUGGCAUCGGCACCCCCAAAGGCUCGCCCUACAGGGAUAAAAUCACCAUUGCUAUCCUGGGUAUUCUGGAAGACGGCCGUCUGCACAUGCUGAAGGAGAAGUGGUGGAGCGGCAGCAGCUGUCUAGAGGACGAGCGCUACGAGACGGGGCCCAUGGGCAUCCAGAACCUGGGCGGCAUCUUCAUUGUGCUGGCGUCUGGCCUGGUGCUGUCUGUGUUUGUGGCUAUCGGAGAGUUCAUCUACAAACUGAGGAAAACUGCGGAGCGUGAACAGGUCUUUCUGCAGUGCGGUGAUGGAAGAGAUCAAACUGUCGUUCACGUGCGAGAGACGGGUGAAGCACAAGCCCCACCGGCCGCCGCCAGCCAUGCUGAAGACGGACGCAGUGAUCAACAUGCACUCCUUCAGCGACCGUCGCCUGCCCGGAAAGGACAGCAUGAGCUGCAGCACCGCGAUGACGCCCGUGUUUCCAUGACUUGCCUGGGCGAUGGGCACCUGAGGCACGUCCCCGGCGCCGUGCCGGAGAGCAGGGACUAUGGCUCCGAGAUGAUCACGGCAUUCACCAUCAACCGCAGAGACAUACGACACCAAAUGGCCAGUCAGAACGGCGGCAGUAGCAGCAAGCCAGGUAGUGACCACAUCCUCAAACCAAUGUAUCCCACCAUGCCAUUGCGAGAGGGAGGCCGGUCGGUGUCCUUCCUGUGAGAGAGCGAGCCACGUCUGCCAAAACCAUACCAUCCGCGCCCGAGUCUGAUGUUUACAAACGGCGAUGGACACCCCACCCCUCAAUCAUCAAAACGACAACACGUGUUUCUCGUAUAUGUGGGAAAAGAGGCUUUUUUGUUGAGCAUGGCAAUAAACGAAACUACGGACAGA